AUACGCAUCACCCUCUCACACAAAACCAUGGUCUUUUUUUGUCUCUCAAACUGGUAAGAGGAGGAAGGGUUUUUUUUUCGCAGCUCCGCAAUACUCAUACGUACGUUCGUACACAUGGUGAAAAAGAAUUAAACCUCUUUGAGGAAGGCCAUGUUCCAUGAUCGCGCGCGUCAACUGUCACCCAAAAAUUGAGGGGACGGAGGUGACGACUAUACGGAGGACCUCGAGAUGAUCAACUCCGUCACGCGUAUUGUCGAUACCUUUUUCGGGCCCGCAGAAUAGGGAGCGAUAUAAAAAAAAGGUGCUUGAGUAAAAUCGGCAGGUCAUUCUUGUCCUUCGACAUCGCCCCCCUUCUCUCUCUAUCUCCUACAGAGUACCUUUACUGCUCUUCCUUGACUUCCCUACCACCUCGUCUUUGCGGGGCCAAAACCAUGACCAUUCAACCUCGGACGGUCGAUGAUGACAACACCGACCUACCCAUGCCGACACCCACCAUCCCCAACAGACCCCUGACGUCUUUCAAGACAUUGUCGUUUGACAUUUACGAGACCUUGAUCCAAUGGGAAUCUAGCAUCAUUCGACAUUUUUCCCCUCUGUUGGUCCACCUCGGUCAUGAUUCACCUUACAAGAAUGCCGCCACAGACCCGACAGCACGUCAAGCAUUGUCCGACCUGUUUGCAAAACACGAAAAGAAUCUUCAGUCCGUUUGGCCCAAAACAUCAUACACUGUGAUCCUGGAGAGGGCGUACAUUGAAACCGCCAAUGAAAUCCUUUCAGAUUUGGACUCCGAUUCAGACCCAAAAAUGGUCCCAUCAAUAAACCCGGACUUGCCAAACCUGGAGGUCGAAACGAGGGCCAACAAUUUCGGUCAAAGUGUCGGAACUUGGCCACCAUUUCCAGAUACUCUGUCGGCCAUGGAGAAACUAUCUCGGUAUUACCGAUUGACGGCACUUUCAAACGUCGAUCGUCAAUCAUUCUCCCAAACCUUGUCAGGUCCUCUCGCCGACACCGUUUCCUUUUGGCGAAUCUUUACGGCUCAAGAUGUAGGUUCUUAUAAACCUUGUCACGAAAAUUUCAAACACCUCUUUCAAAAUCUCGAAAGGACAAUGACAAUCGAGAAAGAUCAAGGUGGUGGUGAUGAUGGUGGUGGUGAUGAUGAUGAUGAUGGUGAUGGUGAUGAAGCAAAAGGUCCCCUGUGUACUUCUGCGAGUACGAGUAGAUUUGACAAUCUACACGUCGCUCAAAGUUUGUACCACGAUCACGUCCCUUGUAAGGCUUUGGGUGUACCUAGUGUGUGGAUCAAUCGGUCGGGAGCCGGAACAGGAAGAGCCGAUUUCAAGUCUCUACACGAAAAAGGUCGGGUAGGAUACGGUUGGAGGUUCAACACCUUGGCCGAAUUCGCCGAUGAGGUUGACAGACAACACAAAGCUCUGUAAAGGUGUACAUGUAGUUAUAUAGGUAGGUACCUUGACCCAAACAACAACCCACCUUCGGUACCUACCCAGGCAUUAUGGACUCCAUACACACACACACACACACACACACACACACAC